CCUGUGAUCCCCAGCAUGACGGCCAAGACAGUGGUCAAGACUGUCUUGAGUGUGGAGCAAGAUGAGGGAGUUGGGGCUCGGGUGCGCAGGAGUGUCGGGCGCUUAGAGUUGCGGGAUCUCGAUCCCUUCCUGAUGCUGGACGAGUUUAAAGAUCAACAGCCUGGUGGUUUCCCAGAUCAUCCCCAUAGAGGAUUCGAAACUGUGACCUACAUCCUGAAGGGCGCGGUUAGACACGAGGACUUCUGUGGUCAUGCGGGUACCAUUAACGAAGGAGACCUCCAGUGGAUGACCGCAGGGCGAGGUAUUGUCCACUGUGAGAUGCCAUGGGGAGACGGAGUGACCCAUGGCCUUCAACUGUGGGUCAAUCUUGCUGCCGAAAAUAAGAUGAUCAAGCCGGCCUAUCAGGAACUCCUGGACAAGGACAUUCCUCGGACCACUCAGGAUGGAGUGACAGUGAAGGUCAUUGCUGGAGAGGCAUUUGGCAUUAAGUCUCCAGUGUACACACGUACCCCGACCAUGUAUCUGGAUUUCAAAAUGGAUCCUGGCUCAAAAUUAGUCCAGCCAAUACCAAACGAGUACACAUCAUUUGUGUACAUCAUUGAUGGGAAAGGAAAUUUUGGUGGCAGCACACAGCAGAUGGAAAUCAGUGCCCAUCAUACUGUAGUCCUCAGCAAAGAAGGGAAUCAACUAGAAGUACAGAAUAAGGGUACAGAAAUGCUUCGCUUUUUACUAAUAGGAGGCAAACCUUUGAAUGAACCUAUCGUCCAACACGGUCCAUUUGUGAUGAAUACGAACCAAGAAAUACAGCAAGCCAUGGUAGACUUCCACCAGGGUAAAAAUGGAUUUGAGGGGGUCAGAUCUUGGCAGUCAGAAUAUGUAAAGGAACAACAAGGGCGUCGGCAUUAG